AUGCGCAAAACUCCCAAAGGAAAACACUCCAAGUCUUCUAGCAAGGUCUCAUCCAAGAAGACGGACAUAUCUGACAGCUCUUCUCGUGGGACCUCAGAUGAAAUGGACGUUGAACUUGAUUCUUCUCCCUUGUCCAAAAAGAGCAUACCCUAUGGGAAAGAAUUUGACAAGUCGAUUGCAAAAGCAAAGAAGAUGCUAGUCGACAACAAGAAGGCAAUGAGUAAACUUGGAAAGGAAAUUGCAGAUGAUGAAGCGGAGAUUGAGAAGUACGAAGAAAGUGGCAAGGAGGGGUCUGACGGUGAUGACGAUGAUCUCCCUUCUGAAGGAAAAAAGAAGCAUAUCAAAAAAUCUGAGGUGCUUCUCGAAGACCUAGUACGAGAUCCCGUUCCAUCUUACCCAAAGCUCCGUAAAUGCGGUAUCUUCAAAGCAGCGCUUGUCAAUAAAUUUAUGAAGACUUGUGGGUGUGGGCCAGUGCUUUGCAUGGCAUGUAUGAGUCCUUUCUGUGGACUCUAA